UGCAUGCGAGAUGCAAAAAUUUCAUAUUGCAAAUAAUGAAAUGUUCAUCUAACAUUAAUGAAUAAAGCUGUACCUAUGCUUUAUUGUAAUUUUAAUCAACUUAGUACUAAUUGUGUAGAUGGAAUAAUUCACUAGGACCUCAAGGAGUUUGUGAAAAUGCUUAUUCAGCCUUAUUAUAAACUUCAUAAAUCUGUCUUAAUAAAACUGGUAACAUUUUUAGAUGGAUCACCAACAAUGAAUCUGCAGGAAAGUGUGUUUCAUAUGGUGCUAUCUAAUUGUCAUUUAAUUGCUUAAGGAGUGGUACAUCAAACUGUUAAGAAUUGAAUAGUUGUUCUUUAUUAACAAUAACUAAUUAAUCAGAAAUGUCCUUAGUAUCAUGUGCAUAAAAUAAAAAUUAGAUUAUAAUUUGAAGAAAGUAAGAAAG